CCACUGUAAGCGUCAGUGCUUUGGGGGAUUUCCUAAUUAGAAGUCUCCUCUCUCCCACCUCCGCCCCCGCCACCAACAGCUGACGCCACAUGUUUUGCCAUCAGUGGCGGAAGCCAGAAAGGCCCACAAAAGAGCCAGAUCUCAGAUCUUGUGGCCACGGAGCCAUUUUUGUCUGUCUUUCCCCCAGAAAUGGAGACCUCGGUCAGAGAUCAUCGGGCAGAGACCGGUUCCGGGGCAGCGGCCCUGGCCGAACGUUUCCUCCUGAGCCAGGCAGAGAUGAAGCAGGACGAGGAGCAGCUGAUGGGGCAGGUAGUCGCCGGGGCCACCAAGUCCCCCGAAGCUGAAAAAGCUGCAGUCGAUGGGGAACCGAGAACACCAUUCAGAUGGAUUGUUCAAGAGAGCAACGGCGAUGUUAUCUCGCCAGAAGCACUUCUGGUUCCCAAAUCUGAACCCGUUUCUUGGCUGGAACAAAGGGGAGAACCAUUUGCCGAGGAUGACGAGGAGAACAAGAAAUCCACAGAAGAUGGGCAGACGAGAAGGAAAGAUGGCGUACUGCAGAUGGAGGGGAAAGAAGAAAUUAUUAGAGAACACUUUCUUGUUUGCGAAGGUGUAAAGGUCCCUAAAGCUGUAAAGCGAGGAGACAGUCACACAAAGAAGGAAACGGAGAGGACAUCUAGAAAUGUCCACAAACCAAAGAAUUCACAUAAAUGCUUCAAGUGUGGGAAAAGCUUCACUCAAAAGAGUACUCUGACUGAUCAUGAAAAAAUCCACACGGGGGAGAAAUCGUACCAGUGCUCAGAGUGUGGAAUGAAAUUCAGUCGGCAUAGCAAUUUUGCUUCCCAUCUAAAGACCCACACAGGCGAAAAGCCGUUUGAAUGCUCUGAGUGUGGGAAGAGCUUCAGUCGCAAACAUGCCUUGAUCGACCACCAAAAAAUCCACACUGGAGAGAAACCCUAUAAAUGCUGCGUGUGUAGAAAAAGUUUCAGCCGGAGCAAUAACUUUGCAGCCCAUCAAAAGACUCACAAGAGUGAAAAGCUGUUUGAAUGCUCCGAGUGCGGAAAGAGCUUCAGUCGGAAACAGGCCCUGGGCGACCACCAAAGAAUCCACACUGGGGAGAAACCGUUUAAGUGUACUGAGUGCGGAAAGAGAUUCACCCAAAGCACUACCCUUAAGUAUCAUCAAAGGCUUCACACUGGGGAGAAACCCUAUAAAUGCACAGAGUGUGGGAAAAGCUUUGCUCAGCGCAGUAACCUAACCUUCCAUAAAGAAAUCCAUGCGUUCAAACCCUUCGAAUGCUCUGAAUGUGGGAAGAGCUUUGCCCACAGCAGCAGCCUCGUCGAUCACCAGAGAUUGCGCACGUGCCAGAAAACCUUCAGAUGCUCGGAGUGUGGCAAGAACUUCCGUUCUGGUGAAAACUUUGCUUUUCACCUCGGAAUCCACCAAGUUAAAGAAAACACUUCCCUCAGGGCUCCACUACCUUUUAGGAAUGAUGCGGCCAUUCUGAACAUUCAGCAAGUGUCAUAAAAGGCAUCACAAAAUGGCCGCCAUGAUGGUCCCAGCCAGUCACAAAGGACCCAUUUCCCAGAUUGCCAAACUGAUGAGAAUAAAAGACAGCAUGGCCAGGAACACAAGGCAGAGUUAGUGGCUGCGACAGAAGACAUAAAACCAUUCGUUUGAAGUCACUGUAUAUGUAUGUGUGUGUUGUUUUAUUUCAAAAAAGUUAUUCCACAAAAAGGACCACACAGCUGUGGUAAUGUGAUGGGAAAUGUGGCCUACAGGGGAACUGAACAGUUGUGUGCCCAACCUGGAAGGAAUAUUUACCACAAAUCUUAAGCUAAAUUACAGGGCAUGGCGGGGUGGUGGUGGUUCAAAGUUAAUGAAGGGAAAAAUAAUACAAAAUGGGCUAGAAAACUGAGCAGAGAGUGGAGUUCGUGAUCCAACAAAGUGGCAAUGAGACUUGCAAUUUUGGUACUCAUGAAAAUGUUGAAUAAGGUACCCUCACUUAAAGAAAAAAAUGUUUUCACAAUUCAAACAGUUAAUAAAGGAACUAAAAUAAAGACAUGACCAAACAUCUUUCUAGGGUUUGUUGUUAUGUCCCAUCAAGUUGCCUCCGACUUACAGAGAUGCUAUUAAAUCACAA